AUGAAGGAAUACACAGCCAAUAAAUCUGUUCCUACUACUAUACAAAAUAAAAAAAAAAGUAUCGUGGAAGAAAUAAAUAAAAAUUCACAUACACAAGAUUCAAAAAAUAAUCAAGAUAAUUAUGAAAUUUGUUUAAGCGAUGUUUCUGUUUCUACAAUUACUAAUAGUUCAGGAAUUGAUUCAGAUUUGUAUGAAGAAGUUAUAAAGAAAAUUAAAAAAGAAAAAAAAAGGAAAAAGAAAGAAAACAAAAGGGACAUAUAUAAGGAAAAAGAAAAGUAUGAGAAGAAAGAAAAUAAUAGUUAUGAAGAAAAUAAGAUUGAUCGAGGAAAUGAUAGUGAUAGGAAAAAUAAUAGUGAUAUAGAAAAUAAUAGCGAUAGUGAAGAUAUAAAUGAUAAAGAAAAAGAUAGAAAAAAAAAAAAACACACAGACAUUGAUACAAAAAAGAGAAACAAAGAAUCACACCAUCAUGUUAGAAAAAAUAGAGAAAGGAAGAAAUCCACAAGAAAAAAAAGAAAAUAUACAUCCUCAUCAAGUUCAGAAAGUUAUGAAAGGAGAAAAGAUAAAAGAAACAAAAAAGAAAAAUAUAGAAACUCCGAAGGUAGUUAUAAAAGUAUGGUUGAUGAGAAUAUACCAAAGGAUCCUUUUAAUCCUUUAUUAUUAGCCUAUGAAAAGAAAGAAAAGAAAACAUACAGAAAAAAUGUUGAGCAUAAUGAUUUAAAUGAUAGAUGGAAACAUGAUAGAUACGAAAACACAUCAGAGGAUGAAGAUAAUAUUGAGCAAACUUUUGAAAAUUCAAAAACGUUUUAUGAUCCACAUGAAAUGCCGAAAAUUUUGUGGAAAUCAAAAGCAGGAGGAGUUUGUGUUCCACAAAUAAGCGAUGACACAAAAUAA